AUGGCUGAACAAGAGCAAUACGUCUUGCCUUUAAAGUUAAACGUAGGUGGCAGAAUUUUUGAAACUUUUCCAGACACUCUGGAGAGAGUUCCUAGUUCCAAACUGAGCCGGCUUCUCACUGGCUCAGUGCCCUCCAUACAGCAAAUAGGAUCCAGGGAGUAUUUCAUUGAUAGGGACGGGUCUUUAUUUGGUUACAUUUUAGAGUUCCUCAGGACCUCUGAGCUCCUGUUGCCGAGCGAUUUCUGCGACUACAACCUGCUCGUGAAGGAAGUGGAGUUCUAUGAAUUGGAUUCAGUAUUGUACGUAUUAGAGAAACUCCAGAAGAAAAGCAUGGCAGAGAUUUUAGAGAUGCGCUGCAUUCGAAAAGAAACAACAGCCUUUUUCCGGAUCUUUGGCUCUUCAUUGGAAACAGUUGAUGAGUUGUCCAGUAGAAUAUCAAUCUACAUGGAGAGAAAGAUGGGACCGUGGGCUUCUGUCCAAAACAUGUCUCCAACUCCUCCCAGGAAUCUGUCAUUUCAUGAUCUGAUCUUCCAGUGUGGUGCUAACCCCGAUGAGAAUGGAGGACACGUAAAUGUGUAAGUACAAUAUUGAAUUCAUCAAGUCAUUUAACUACCGUUCAAUACCAAUACAAAUCUAAUGGGCUGUCAGGGGUGCACUAAAGAAUGCAGCUACUUCUCUGCAAGCACAGGAAAAAUCAGUGGAUGAGUUAUCCAGCCUUGCGU